AGGACGAAACAUGGCGGCGCCCAUUGACUGUUGUCAGAAUAGAAAUUACUCAGCUGCUAUAUCUGAAUACAACAAAAUCUUCAGAUCAGACUUGAAAAGUUUGAAAGAGUUACAGGAAAAAGCAAUAACAGUUUUAAUCAGUGGAAAGGAUUGUAUAUGUUCCCUCCCAACUGGAUAUGGAAAAUCAUUGAUAUAUGAACUGCUUCCUUUUAUAGAUCAUGGUUGCUUAGUCAUUGUAAUUGCUCCACUUAAUGCAAUAAUAAAGCAACAAGUACAAAAACUUUGUGGUAUGGCAAUGUGUUUUUCAGGAGUGAAUGACAUUUCUAGACUUAAAAGUGGUGAGAUUAGUUAUGUUUUCAGUCAUCCCGAAGAAAUAUUACAGAGCAGAGAACUGAAUGAUGCCUUUACAUCCGACAGAUUAAAUACAAGGAAAAUCUAUUUGGUGGUUGACGAGGCACACUGUAUUCUUCAAUGGGGAGACGAGUUCAGACCAGAAUACAGAAAUUUGUCAAAUUUAAGAUCAGUUUUCAAAUGCCAGGUAUUAGCAUUGUCAGCAACAGUCACAGAGUCUGGGCCGAAACAGAUCAUUUCAAACCUUUUAAUGAAAAACUGUCAGAUAAUAUGUGCCAGUCCUGCCAAAGACAACAUUGAACUCAUUGUAAAGAAAAGACCAAGUCCAAAUACUAAAGGAAACACAGCUAGUAGCCCAUAUGACUUCAUUUUUAGUCAUGUUAUCACAGAGCUGAAUUGUCAACUUGAUGCAUUUCCUCUUACUGUGGUUUAUUGCAAGUCAAUGCAGUGGAUUAGAUAUGGAUACGAAAUGGCGAGACAACUUCUAGCAGACAACUUUUAUGCAGGUGAUAAGACACAACAGAAUGCACGAGUGGUCAUGUUUCACUCUUCAAUGGAAAAAGGUUCAGGACAGCUGAAAGACAUGAUUAUUUCAAGUUUACAAAAGGCAGACAGUUGUAUCCGCCUCAUUAUUUCAUCAGUGGCACUGGGAAUGGGGGCAGACUUAAAAUAUGUAAGACGUGUCAUACAUGCAGGCCCACCGACUACACUGGAAACCUAUGUUCAAGAGAUAGGAAGAUCAGGGAGGUCAGAUACCUCUGCUCAAGCUAUCCUGUAUUAUAAUAAUAAUGAUCUGGCGGCUCAACACAUGCGAAAUGAAAUGAAAGUAUACUGCAGGGGUGAAAGGUGCUAUAGAGAAUUGAUCAAUGAAUACUUUGGCUUCAAAGCAGUUCAAAAACCUUCUGUUUGCUGCAACAGGUGUCAACCCGAGCAUGGACUGGAAUGGGACUUUGAUAAACUAUCAAUUGCAUAA